GGCAGGCAGGCAGGCAGGCAGACAGACAGGCAGGCAGGAGUAGGAGUAGGAGUAGGAGCAGGAGCAGGCAUGUGGCAGCAGAGGGGGCAACCUGAGUUGGAUUGAUCCACGUCAUUAAUUAUAGAGGAGGAGGGGGGUCCGUAAGAGAGCAGCAGCAGCAGCAGCAGCAGCCUCUUCAACGGUGGGCUCCAGCUGAGCCCUUUACUCCCGGCGCUUCUGCUUUUUGUCCAGGACAGCACUUUAGCAACCGCACGCGCCCAGGAAGUAAAUGUAAAUAGAAGAGGAGGGAAGGAAGACGGAACAGGAGGAGGAGGAGGAGACCAGGACGGGGAGCUGGUGAAGCAGGAGCGUAGCGGAGAGAGGAGAGCUGAGAGACCCAUUUAAAAGACACGGACGCGGGCUCUUUAUCACAUCUUUUUCCCUCACCUUCCCGCUGGCAGAGGAGCGUAUGGUGGAGUACGGAUGGCAUCGCACAGAACUCCAACGGUGCUCUGAUCGUCCGCCACAAGCAAACCCCCACGCUGCCGUGUGCGUAGUCACAGCAUGGAACCGAACAGGGACGGAGGAGAGGGCUGGAUGGAGGACCAGUGGGAGAAAUGGCUGACCCACGACAUCAGUCUGGAUGAGUUUGAGGACGAAGACCUCUCUGAGAUCACCGAAAUCACCGACGAGAGAGGCAUGAGUCUCAACUGCAACAGCCAACUGGACAUCAAGGCUCAUGUGAUGCGGGGAGCCAAUAGUGGCCUGGGGAAGGUGGAGGCAGGCGCAGUGGGACACAUCCAGUCGGAGAUCCUUCACUUGGACCUGAUAGAUGCUGCCGACGGCAACUGCGAGCAGGAAGUCUGUCCAGCCGCCACCAAAGCGCCCGCCAAGAACCCUGCGCCCGGCGCCAUGGAUACCUACCGGCCCAAGAGACCCACCACGCUCAACCUGUUUCCACAGGUGCCUCGCACACAGGACACACUCAACAACAACUCCUUUGGGAAGAAAUACAGUUGGCAGGAGCUGGUCUCUCGCUCAUCCUCCCCUCUCAAAACUGGCGAGCUAUCUCCCCCUCGCGAGCACAUCUGCAUGAGUGACCAGGACAAGGUCCAGCAGUACGGACGAGGAGGAGGAGGAGGAGGGGGUGGGACACAGACGAAAAACCGUGGCACCUCGACCGACGCUCCACACAAACGGUCUGUCUCGUCCAAACAGAGUCACGCCCCGGCGCCUCCGCAGACCGCUCCCCCCGCCCCGCCGGUCAAGGCCUCAGCGGCGGGCGAGUCGCACCGCGAGCGCAUCCGCUACCACACGGACGUGCGCCUGGAGCCCACCGAGGAGAUCUACCUGACGCCCGUGCAGCGGAGCCUCGAGGCCCUGGACCAAGAGCCCGAGCAGGACACUGACACUGAUACUGACCAGCAGCAGCAGCAGCAGCAGCAGCAGCAGCAGCAGCGGGCACCCAUGCUGUCCCAGACCGCCGACCACGGCCGCAUGUCCAUCAGCUCCGACAACGAGGGGCCGCCGCCCUACCAGCCGCCGCUGUACGAGCAGCCCAACCCGGCCAUCUGCGAGCAGGACGAGGACCUCUUCCCGCCCUCCUACACGUCUUGCAUCGCGUCCACCGCCGCGCUGGACCUCAGCACCAGGGACGCCCGGCUGGCCGCCGAGCUCAGCUACGUGGACGUGGACGCGGAGGACGGAGAGGACGCGGAGGACAGAGUGGACGGGGCCGGCGAGGCCCAGGCGCGGGACGAGGGUCUGUCCCGGGCCUUCCGGAACACUGCCACUGCCGCCCGAACUUCCAUGAGCAGCUCGGAGGCGAGCGGCCUCUCGUACGACUCGGUCAAGUACACGCUGGUGGUGGACGAGCACGCGCAGCUGGAGCUGGUCAGCCUGCGGCAGUGUUACCACGGUUACAGCGAUGACAGCGACUCAGCCACCGUCUACGACAACUGCGUGUCCUCGCCAUACGAGUCCGCCCUCGGGGAGGAGUACGAGGAAGACGAGGACGAGGAGAAUGAGGGGGCGCGGGUGGGAGGAGUCAGACGAGAGGCCACCGCCCGCCUGUCAGAAGACUCCACCCCCGAGGCUGACCUGCCCUUCACCAAGAAGUUCCUCAACGUCUUCAUGAAUGGCCGAUCACGCUCAUCCAGUGCAGAAUCAUUUGGCCUCUACUCGUGUAUCAUUAAUGGAGAGGAGAAAGACCAGACUCACAGAGCAGUGUACAGGUUUGUCCCCCGCCAUGACGAUGAGCUGGAGCUGGAGGUGGACGACCCCCUGCUGGUGUUGGUGCAGGGAGAGGACUACUGGUACGAAGGCUACAACAUGCGGUCAGGAGUGCAUGGGAUCUUCCCUGCCUACUACGCCACGGAGAUCACCAAAGAUGCAGAGCACUUAAAAGUGAAAACCAGUGACUGGGUAGAGAGGCACAGGCUGAAAUUCCUGGGCUCAGUCCAAGUGCCCUAUCAUAAAGGCAACGAUGUGCUGUGUGCAGCCAUGCAGAAGAUUGCCACCAAUAGGAGAAUGACAGUGCAGUAUAACCCGCCUUCCUCCUGCAUCCUGGAGAUCAAUGUGAAGGGAGUAAAGCUUGUGGUACAAGAAGACUACGGAGCCUAUGAGAGUGAGAGCCAGUGUAGUCACUUCUUCCACCUGAAGAACAUUUCCUUCUGUGGUUACCAUCCCAAGAACAACAAAUAUUUUGGGUUCAUCACCAAGCACCCAGCAGAUCAAAGAUUUGCUUGUCAUGUAUUCGUGUCUGAACACUCCACCAAGCCUCUGGCAGAGUCCGUGGG